GAACCCAAUUCAAAUUCAAUAUCUUCAAUUGGUACAUGAUACUUGGCAAUUUUAUCAUGGAUGCAGCAAUCGAUCUUUCAGAUGCUUCUAAAGCUCUCGAUUUGGCUAAUAUCCGUUUUCAACUCAUCCGUCUCGAAGACACCAUAACCUUCCACCUAAUCGAACGAGUCCAAUUCCCCCUCAACCCCACCAUCUACAUCCCAUCCGCGCUCCCCCUCCCAAACACCACGCUCAGUUUCCUCGACUGGCUCCUCCACUCGCGCGAAACCCUCGACUCUCUAAUCCGACGCUUCCAAUCCCCUGACGAAUAUCCCUUCUUCCCAGACGCUCUCAAAACCCCCAUCCUCCAACCGCUCCACUACCCCACCAUCCUCCACCCCAACACCGUCAACGUCAACGCCCAGAUCAAAGACCACUACAUCAGCACCUUCCUGCCGCAAGCCUGCCUGCAAACCGGACGCUCCGACCGCGGCGAACGCGAGGAAAACUACGGCUCCGCCGCAACCUGCGACAUCAACUGUCUGCAAGCGCUCUCGCGACGCAUCCACUUUGGCAAAUUUGUAGCCGAGUCGAAAUUCCGCGCCGAGGAGGCCGCCUUUACUCAAAUGAUCCUCGCGGGCGAUCGCGAGGGCCUGGGCCGCGCAAUCACGAACGAGAAGGUGGAAUUGCAGGUUUUGGAAAGACUGAGAUUGAAGGCGCGUACGUAUGGCACGGAUCCCAGUUUGAGUAAUGGGAAUGCGAAGGGCGAGGAACCGCAGGGGAAAAUUAAUGUCGAGGCGGUGGAGGGCUUGUAUAGGGAUUUUGUGAUUCCGUUGACGAAGGUGGUGGAAGUGGAGUAUUUGAUGCAGAGAUUGGAUAAUAAGGAGUAGAUGGUGAGGGGCGUGUUGUACUACUAUAUAGAAGAUACAAGGAGAGGGAGGAUGUAUUGACAUUGAUCGUUGGGAUCAUGUUCUUGUCCGCAACUAGAGCAUUGAAGAGUUUCUUGCUUUUCCUUCACGAGGAAUGAAUCAGAUUCAUAGGAGUACGGGAGAGGAGAUCA